GUGAAUGGUAAAAGGGAGCCAAAGUAUUCUUGUGAAAAAAAAGAUACGGUCCGACAUAACGGCACCGGGGAAAAAGGGCAAACAUUUGUUAUUUAUAAGGACAUUUAAGAGCUGCUAAGCAUAAGCACUCAUUUAAGUAUUGCCCGGUAUUAGGAUCAGCCAUCCAAAGUCGGUGAUGGACUCGCGUAAUCGGCGCAGCUUCUCUGGUGGAAGUGCAAAUGAUGGGGGCCGGGGUAAUAAUUAUUAUAGAUCCCGGCCGGGUUCUCGAUAUAGUAGAUCCCGCUCGCGUUCACGGGAACGCAAUCGCAAUUUUGGAGGCUUCAGGCACCGGGAUUCUCGUUCUCGUAGUCGAGAUCGUUCCCCCAUGUUCCGACAAGAUCUCCGUGGUGGUCGUGGUGGUAAUGGUGACCAGGACUUGUACAACAACAUCAUCGACGAUGACCACAGAGAGGAUCAGCGCAAUUACAACUCCCGGAAUAACUUUGACAAUCGCCAGUUUCGGAGAGAUGAUAACUUUGAUCGCCGGAACAGGGAAAGAGAUGGCAAUACCGACCGAGAACUAAAUGACUAUGAAUACGAACAGCGUUGCCGAGAUCAACAUUCACGGGAUCGCAACUCCAUUGAGAAGGAAAGGUUUCGACAAAGGGGUCAUAGCAGGGAGCACAGUAGACCUUGGAACAGGAACUACAAUCAUGACGAUCGCAGCAGGAGUAACGAGCGAAACACGCGACCGCAAAAUCAUCGAACUUACAAUGGCGGUGGAAACAACAAUAAGCCCAACCAUAAUCGAGAACGCGAAAGAGAUUGGGAACAUGAUCGGGAACGGGAUCGGGAAAGGAGAGCUUCUUCGGAAUAUGACAGUGAUGAGGGUCAAAUGCGGAGGAACAAAUACAGAGGUGCUACUGAAGCGCUCAAUAUAAUUAUAAUCUUUGGCCUUACAAAAGAAAUGACAAGAGCAGAUAUAAUGAGCGAACUGAUAAAGGUGAACAUGGAGCCAGCCUGUAUUCGCAUUAUACGGAAACAAGGAACAGAUUCAUCACGCGGUAUAGCGUUUGUCGAGUUUAACACCGUUGAGGAGGCGAAACAAUGGAUGGAUAUUACACAGGGCGUGCUGAAGCUGAAUGAUCAACGGGUGACGAUGCAGUAUAGUCACAAGCGCAUACAGGAUUGGAAUUGCAACAAGUGUGGCGUCUGCAACUUCAAGUUUAGAUUCUUUUGCUUUGUAUGCAAAACAUCCCGGGAAGAUAGCGAAACGACAUUUUCCUCCGGAAGCGAGGGCGUGGACGAAGUCAGCAGCAUUCUCACCAAAAAGAUCAUGCUACGCAAUCUGGACGCUCUGACCAACGAAGAGGGCGUGCUCACAGCCCUCCAGAUGCACCUAAACGAUUUGAGCAAGACGGUAACCAAGGUGAUCAUCAGCCGGGACACAUUGACUCAGGCAUCUCGAGGAAUUUGUUAUCUUCACUUUGACACACUCGUCGACUCCAUGAAUGUGCACAAUGCGUUGACAUCGCUGAAUCCGCCACUUACCCUAGAUGACAAGCCUGUGGCAGUUACCUAUUGCAAGGAACCUGAGGAACAAAAAACAUUGCUCAAAGAUCCAAAAUCCACAGCAGCAAAAUCCAGUGAAGUCAGCGUUAACAGUGGAAGGAGUUUAGGGACUCUACCUUCAGGAGUGGAUGAAAACUAUACUGUGACCGAUAUCCCACGUCUUGCUGAAUACAGUGCCUCCGUGUAUGCUUCGAAUCCUGCAGAACACGCUCAUUACGUUCAGUACUACACCGAUUAUUACACAACACAUCUUAGCAAGAAAAGUACUGACCCCCACUUAACGGAGGCGAACUCUGGAGCAGCUGUUGCCCUUUCAGCCAUUCAACGCAAGCAAAAGAAGAUGAACAGCAUUGAAACUACAAUCACGGCAGCGGCUACAGCUGCCGCACAAGCAGCGGCGGAAGUAAAGGCCACUUUGGCUGCUCAGGGUGUUAGUGCGCCGAGGGGCAACGAUGGAAAGACCUACCCAACUCCCGAUGUAACGCAGUACCAGUACGAUGAAACGUCCGGUUACUAUUACGAUCGCAUCACAGGUCUCUAUUACGAUGCUCACUCGCAGUACUACUACAACAACGAAACAGGCGCGUAUCUCUAUUGGGAUCAAAAGAAGAGUACCUAUAUCCUGGCCACUCCGGCCUCCACUCAGGCAGCUCUCCAGGAAGUGCUGUCUGACGCUGAGAAAAAGAAGGGGGAGGAUGGCAAAAAGGAAAAGGAAAAAGACAAAGAGGAGGGAAACAAGCAUGACAAAGUCAAAGUUGCCAAGAAAAUUGUCAAAGACAUGGAGAAAUGGGCCAAGCAGCUAAAUCAGAAAAAGGACUACACAGCGGUGGCCACGCCACAGCCAAUAUUAGGAAACGAAGGUCCCAGCACAUCAAGGGUCAAUCAAGGAGGAUAUGCUGAUGUCGGGUUCUCAAUUCUGGAGAAAAAGGAACGUAGCAAGCUGAUGGACUAUACGGUUCCGGGUCCAAUGAACAAGCUUGUAAAUGCCUAUGGCGGAGCAUCAGACUCUGAAGAGGAAACUGCUCCAAAUAUUCAGGCCCCUCAGACUUCAGAGGGAUCAGGAGGAAUGUCUGGUAGUGGAGGUGGAGGCUCCACGGCCAACGAGUCGGAUUACGUUGAUUUCCAAAAACUCACCUGCCUGCUAUGCAAGCGUGCCUUCCAAUCGCAGGAAAUUUUACAGAAGCAUUUAAAAAUGUCGGCUCUACACAAGGAGAACCUGGCAAAGCUAAACCAAAAUUCUGGAAGUAGUAAUAGUAUUGAAGAGGCAUUAUCUUAUAGAGACCGUGCGAAGGAGCGCAGACUUAAGUACGGUGAAAGCGAUCCUCCACCUCCCAAUCGCAGCAGGGAGCGCUUCGAACAGGAAUUAAAGACUUUACAAACGCGGCAGAAGGAAUCUUCUGGAGCUACUCCGGCUAUGCCCAUCAGUUCAAGCAACGUGGGCAGUCGUCUACUGCAAAAGAUGGGCUGGUCUGAGGGUCAAGGCUUAGGCAGGAAGAACCAGGGCCGCACAGAGAUCAUAGAGGCUGAUGGACGGUCCAACAAUGUGGGUCUGGGCAAUAAUUCGGGAAGCAUGUUACCAGGCAACGAUUACAAAUCCUAUAUAAAGAAAAUGAUGAAGCAGCGUUACGAGAAUGCAUGAGAAUAGAAAUACUGUUAAAGAGACAUUUAACAAGUUUUUUAAACUAAAAGGAAAUGUUAAAUUGAACUUAAAGCUGUGUUUUAUCAUAUUAUUUAUGAAUCUUAAGCAUUUUUCGUUUGCUAAUCUUAAUUGAAUUGGCAACUUUUAUCUUGUUAAAUAAUCGGAAAAAUAAGAAAUCUUUCCUCUAAAUAAGAUUUAUUUGAGUUAUGAAAAAGCGAAUUCGGAACUUAAUCGGAAUGUACAAAAAUAAAUCCUACGUUGAAAAAUUUAAA